AUGGCCCUACGCUGUCUCCGCGUGUCUGGGCCCCUGAGGCGGCUGCUGCUGACUGCGCUGUCCCCUUGUCCCCGCGGAGCUGCCGCUAUGGCUUCAACCGGAGCUAAUGCUAAUGCUAACGAGGUGCUGAUGGAAGCCACAGGUUCCCAUGGCGACCAGCGAGUGUGGAACGCCCGCCCUCCCAAAGGUUUUGAGAAGUAUUUUCCCAAUCAACGCAAACCUCCACAGACCGACGACAGCAAAUCAGAACCUGAAUCUAAAGAGUCGUCGGUAGGAGGUGAAGGAAGCGGGGCCAGAGAAGGCGGGACCGGGGGAGGCGGGACCGGGGGAGGCGGGACCGGGGGAGGCGGGGCAGAGGGAAGCGGUACAGAGGGGGGCGGGGCCGGAGGAGGCGGUAAACGUGGUGGGAGAUCGGGUGACUCCCAUUGGUCGAGUCGCCUGCAGAAGGGCGACAUACCGUGGGAUGACCGUGAGUUCCGCAUGUACCUGCUCAGUGGCGCCGCCUUCUGGUUCACAGUGGGGUACUACACUCUGUGGAGGGACACAGGCCGAGAGGUCACGUGGAAGGACUUUGUCAACAACUUUCUGUCCAAAGACGUGGUGGAGCGCCUCCAGGUGGUCAACAAGCGCUAUGUCAAAGUGAUAUUCAGUCCUGGAAAGACUCCAGUGGACGGGCACUUCGUGUGGUUCAACAUCGGCAGUGUGGAUACGUUUGAGAGAAAUCUGGAGUCGGCUCAAAACGAGAUUGGAGUCGAGUCCGAGAACAGAGUCCCAGUGAUUUACACAACAGAGAGUGACGGAUCCUUCCUUCUGAGCAUGCUCCCCACGGCCCUCAUCAUUGGCUUCCUGCUGUUCAUGCUGAGGCGGGGAGGGGCUGGCGGACGACCUGGCCGGGGCGUGGGGGGGCUCUUCAGUGUCAGUGAGACCACCGCUAAAGUCCUGAAAGAGCAAAUCAACGUGAAGUUCAAGGACGUGGCCGGCUGUGAAGAGGCCAAGCUGGAGAUCAUGGAGUUUGUGAACUUUCUGAAGAACCCCAAACAGUACGAAGACCUGGGGGCCAAGAUCCCCAAGGGGGCCAUUCUGACUGGUCCUCCUGGGACAGGGAAGACCCUUCUCGCCAAAGCGACUGCUGGGGAAGCCAACGUCCCCUUCAUCACCGUUAACGGCUCAGAGUUCCUGGAGAUGUUUGUGGGAGUGGGUCCGGCCAGGGUCAGAGACAUGUUUGCUCUCGCUCGCCGGAACGCUCCGUGUCUCGUCUUCAUCGAUGAGAUUGACGCUGUGGGACGCAGACGAGGACGAGGACAGUUUGGACAGAGUGAACAGGAGAACACCCUGAACCAGCUACUGGUUGAGAUGGACGGUUUUAACGCCUCCUCUAACGUAGUUGUUCUUGCUGGAACAAAUCGUCCCGACAUUUUAGACCCGGCACUGAUGAGACCAGGACGCUUUGACCGACAGAUCUACAUUGGUCCUCCUGACAUCAAAGGCAGAGCUUCUAUAUUCAAAGUUCAUCUUCGUCCUCUGAAGCUCAACCCGAGUCUGAGCGCCAACUCUGUGGCAAAAAAGAUGGCCGCCCUGACACCAGGCUUCUCUGGCGCCGACAUCGCUAACGUGUGUAAUGAAGGAGCGCUGAUAGCAGCUCGCCAUAUGUGCGAUGCAAUUGAGCAGAAGCACCUGGAGCAGGCGGUGGAACGGGUCAUUGGAGGGCUGGAGAAGAAGACUCAGGUCCUUCAGCCGGAGGAGAAGAGGGUAGUGGCCUAUCAUGAAGCAGGACACGCUGUGGUGGGCUGGUACCUGGAGCACACAGACCCUCUGCUGAAGGUGUCCAUCAUCCCUCGGGGGCGGGGCUUAGGCUAUGCCCAGUACCUGCCUCAGGAGCAGUUCUUGUACGACGGCGAGCAGCUGAUGGAGAGGAUGUGUGUCGCUCUGGGAGGAAGAGGGUCUGAGCAGCUCUUCUUCAACCGCAUCACGACCGGAGCCCAAGACGACCUGAGGCGGGUCACCCAGUCCGCCUACGCCCAGGUCGUGCAGUUCGGUAUGAGUCGGCGUGUGGGACACUUGUCCUUUGACGUCCCCGUCCAGGGGGAGGUGAUGUUGGAUAAACCCUACAGUGAAGCUACAGCCCGAGUCAUUGACGAGGAGGUGCGAGCGCUGAUCCAGGAGGCCACCAGGAGAACGGCGGAGCUGCUGAAGAAGCACCGAGAAGACGUGGAGAAGGUGGCGCUGCGUCUCCUGGAGAAGGAGGUGUUGGAUAAAGCUGACAUGGAGGAUCUCUUGGGGAAGAGGCCGUUCAAAGAGAAGACCACAUAUGAGGAGUUUGUGGAGGGAACAGGAGGUGAUGAGGAGGACACAAGUCUGCCUAAGGGACUACAGCAGUGGAACCAGGAGCGAGGAGCAGCGAGCAGUGAUACCCCUGAGGAGGAGGUGGCAAAGUUGAUCUCCAAAGGCAUGCCCUUCUGA